AUGAAAAUCGAAAGUCGACUUGAUUUUCGUAAUUUUGACGGUUUAUUACCAGUCCAUAUUGAUAUAGAUAAAAUAAAUGAAGAAAAGAAAACAUGUAAAUAUAUAAGUGGUAAUAUAAAUCCAGAUUUAUAUAAUAAAAAUACCAAUAAUAAACUUACAAAAAUUAUAGGAGGAAAUUAUAUAUAUGAUAUAAUAAAAGAAAAUAAGAAUGAAAAUAAAGUUGUUUUAGGUAAUGGAUCUAGUAGUAUUGUAAUAACAAGUUUAAUAGGUCCUAAUUCCAAUAAUUUAGUAUAUAAUAAAAAUUAUGAGGAUUCUUUAUUUCAUAUAAAAAUAAAAAAUAUUCAAGGUUAUCGUACAGAUAGAGAAAAAAUAUUUGAACAGAUUAUAACAAAAUUAUUUGAAAAAAUAUUAGACCAAAAUUUAUAUAAAUUUCAACAAUUUUCUGUAAGAGUUCAAAUAUUAUAUGAAUGUACUUUUAUAUUAUCAAGUAUAAUAAAUUCUAUUAUAUUAAAUUUUAUAUAUAAUAAUAUAAGUCUAAAUUAUGUAAUAAAUUCUAUAAAUAUUGGUAUAGUAGAUAAAGAAAAAUAUGAACAAUUUAUCAAGAAAAAAUAUACAUCAUCAAAUUAUAUAUUUUUAGACGAUUCUUUCAAAUAUUAUAUAAAUGAAAAUACAAAUCAAUAUCAAAUAAAUAAAGAUCAAAAUUUAUUUUAUACAACAUAUAAUUCUACAUAUAUACCUAAAAUCAUUUUAGAUCCAUUAGAUGAAGAAAUACAAACAUAUUGUAGUACUGCUUUUUGUUUUGUUAUUGCUCCUGAUUAUCAUAAAGUAUUAUCAAAUUAUCUUAUAAAAAAUAACUUAGGAAUAUCAUCUGAUAUUUAUAACUUAUGUAAAAAUUAUGCUUGUCAAGUUUCUCAAUAUAUAUACCAACAAUUUAAAAAGGAUUAUAAAUCUCACUUAAAUAAAAUUGACACAUAUAUGAAUAAUAAUUAUUUUUUCUAA